AUGGAUCAAGAUUUCGACGAUUUGUUGAAUAUCGGACCUGGUGGAAUCGACGCAGAACAAAUCAAUUUCGAUGAGGAUAAUGAUCAUAAUGGUUUGGGAAUGAUGUUGUCAGCCACUGAUGAUGAUACAUUAUGGAAUCAUUUUGAUUCGUUUGUUGAUCCACAUUGUGAGUUUUUACGGGAAUCUGGGAGAAAUUUGAUGGAAAAUUUAAGUUAGAAGUGGAAAAAUCAUGAAUUUUCACACAGCAACUAAACAAUUUCAAAUUAAAGUUUUUAAUAAAUAUUACGAUUUUUCACUGUUUCAAAAUAAGAAUAUGUGAUUUUUGAGUUGGGGAAAUAUUGAUUGAUCACUGUUUUAAAUAAAAAAAAAAGAAAAAUCUAGAAAUUUCAAACCAUGAUGCUGACUUUUUUCAACUUCCCAAAACCCCUAUAUUUUUCCAGUCACAGCCGAUGAAUUUUGCGACAAUCUCGUGUCAAAACUCGAUUCCCUUCAAGCCGAAGCUGAUCAUUGUUAUGCGGCUGCUCCACUUUCUCCAGUUGGCUCAUUGGCAUUAAGCCAAGCCUCAACUUCGCCAUCAAGUUAUAGUCAUUCUUCGAGUGGCGAAGAGACUUCCUCUUAUAAUCACAUGGAUAUUUUGCAACAAGCGAGUAAUGAGAUUUUUAAGGUGCCAAAAGAAGAAGAGGAUUUCGAAUUUUGUCAGGUUAGUGAGAGUUUUGGGAUAGUUUUAAUGUGAAAAUUGAAAAUUGGAAAUUUUUGGAGUCUUUGGCUUGAAAAAUUGCCAUGUGGAUUUUCUGAGCCAAAAUUUUUUGUUUACAAAAAAAAUGCAUUUAUUUAUACGCUAGCCAUGAGAGACUAAAAGUAAUUAGUUUAGUUUAUUUAUUUUAUUUUUUGCUCUCUGACUCAUUUUCUCUCGCUCUCUGCGUCUCUCGUGCUCUCUCACUCUCUCUCUCUCUUUUGUUGCUCUUCGUUUUUUUCCCAGUGUCCAGAAGAUUGAUAUUAUAUUACACAACAGACAGGAACGAAUUUUUUUGGUUCAUUUUUGAAACAGCAACAAAUGUUUCGAAAAAAAUUAGAGAUUUCGGGAGAAAUGUUGCACUUUUUCGAGGUCAACGGGAGAAUUGAAAAAUGAGAGAAAAUGGCUGGAAAUUGGGGGAUUUUUGAGGCAAAACAAUGUUUGGGAAAUUUUUUAGAUGAUUUCUAACUGAAACUUGAGCUACUGAAUUUUCGAGCUCAAAAAAUAAGAAUAAUCUGCGAGAAAAAUUUUCUGUUUCAAAAAUGUUUGUAAUAAAGUAUUUCUAUUCAAAAAAAAUCCAGAUUUUUCAAAAUAAAAAUUUACUGUUUCAAAAAAUUAGUAUAAUUUUUGAAAUAAAGUCUCAUUGAUUUUUCCGCUCUUUUCAGUUUCAAAAAACCUGAAUUUUUUCGAAAAGUUUCAAUUUCAAUACAAAAUUUCGUACAUUUUUCUAGACCGGACCACUAAUCUCAUUCAACUCUUCACAAUCCACAUCAUCAGCCGGUUCUUCUUCUUCUUCUUCAAUUCAUCCACAAAAUACACUAAAAGCUCGACUUGGUUAUCAGACAAAUAAUGUUGUUAGAUUCAGUGAGUUUCAUUUUCAGCUUUGGAUUUUCAGCCGAAAUUUAAAAAAAAACCUUUUUUUGUAGAAACUGCAAUUCCACAAAAUCAUCAACAGCAGCAAAAUCGAAUUUUGAACCCGGCACAUAUUUCGCUGAAUUCGCCAAGCACUUAUGGAAUUCCAGCACAGCAACAACAACAAAAUGCCACGUUUUUGAAGACUGCUGGUGAGUGCUUUUUUGGCGGGAAAAUUUGGGGUUUUGGUGCUAAAAAUCUACAGUAAUCGUAGAAGAUUUGGCAAAAAAUUAUUUUCCCAUGAAAAUUCUGAAAAAGUUUUUUCACUGUUUCAAAAUUUUUAUAAACAUUUUUAUGAGAUUUUUUUUUGAUAUUUUUAAUUUUGAACUUUUUGAAAUUUAUAAGAAAAACAAAGUGCAGGAAAAAAUUCUAACAAACAUUUCCCCGAAAAUCCCCAAAAAUCCCCAAUUUCAGGCGGUGAACGACGAAAAUAUCCUCAACUAACAUUGACAGAAGAAGAGAAACGACUGUGCAAAAAAGAGGGAAUUGUACUGCCCGAAUUCUAUCCGCUGACAAAAGCCGAAGAGCGCGAUUUGAAACGAAUUCGACGCAAGAUUCGCAACAAACGAAGUGCACAAACGUCGCGAAAACGCAAACAGGUUAGGGAGAUUUUUGGGUUGAAUUGGGGCUGAAAAUCGGGAUUUUUUUUAGACUGAAUGAGUCUAGGCUGAAAAUUUCAGCAUUUUUGGGUCUAAACAAUCAUAAGCUGAAAAUUCUGAAUUUUUAGCCCAAAUUUUCCCGAUUUUUAACCUAAAAUUCCACUUAUUUUGCACUUUUAUCAUAUUUUCCUAUUUUUCGCUAUUUUUUUUUCAAAAAAAAAUUGAGCAAACUCAACUGGUUUGCUCAAAUAUUUGUAGUGUGCCAGGUGGUGCGCGGCAGGCGAUUUUAUAUUUUCGAAAAAAAAAAUUCGGCCGAAAAAUGAAAUUUUUUGGGGGUCAGCUGAUAGAGAUGCAAAGAUUUUAUCAAGGAGUGUGCGACCUAAUUUCUUUUUUUUUGGAAAAUGUGAAAAAAAUUGAAAAAGGGAUUUUGAAGGAUAGAAAAAUGGAUUUUCAGCUCUAAAAAUCGGAUGUUUUUGCAGGAUUACAUUGAACAAUUGGAAGAUCGUGUAGCAGAUUGUAGCAAAGAAAAUCAAUCAUUAAAAGCACAAGUCGAACAUUUGCAACGGGAACAUCAAACUGUUAUGAUGCAAAUGCGAAAAUUGCAAGCCGCUUUGGGACAAUCGGCAAAACGUGGAACACAAGCUGGAACUUGUUUGGCUGUUUUGAUGUUAUCAGCUUGUUUAUUGGUUGCACCACAAUUAAAUCCAUUGGUAAGAGAUUUUGGAAGGAUUUGGGGUGGAAUUUGAGCUAAAAAUUAUUAUUGAGAAGUUUUAAGUUUUUCACUGUUUCAAAAAAUUUAUAUGAACAAAUUCUGAGCACAUCGAUAUUGCUGUUUGAAUUAUUUUAACCUUGAUUUCAUCAAUUUCUGAUUAUGUUGACCCUGGAAAAUCUCCAAGAAAAACUACAUUUUUCACUGUUUCAAAAAAAGCAUAAAAUUUGUGCUAUUUUUUAGAACAAUGUUAAUUACAAUUUGCGUCUACAAUUAUAUAUUGUUUCAAAAAAUUGUCAAAACUAAUUAAUUUUUUUCCCGAACUUUUGAUUCAACGAAAUCUGGUUUUGUAAUAAAAAAAUUCACUGUUUCAAUAAAUCAAUACAUUUCCUCGGUUUUUUUGGAAAAACGUUUAUUUGUCGAUGAUGCCUGAUACUGAAAUUGUUGUAUUUAAAAAAUCCAGAUUUUCCUCAAUAAAAUUUCAAAUAAAUUGUACGUUUCAAAAUAUCUAUCAAAUAUUUUGAAAUGUAAAAUAAACGAUUAUAUCAUCUUUCUAUACAAAAAAAAUCAGAUCUAUCGUUUAUAUUCCAAAAAAAUCCUCAAAAAUUCACUCUUUCAAAUUUUUCUUAAUUUCAGACCCGCGAUCAAUCAUUAGAAUGUCAAGACGAAGGUUGUCAACCAUCAACUCAACCACCAUCGCCACAAAAUCAACAACAACAUCAAAAAAUGAUGGUUUCCCCACCACAGGCACCAAUUUCACCAAUUUCCCCACAACAAAACAAUGGCGGUGCACCACAAAAAUCGAUCAAUAAAUCGAUAUUGAUUGAUACGAACACCAAAAUGCACCAUGGUGUGCAUCAUCAACAGAAAAUCAUAGCACCACCUGUGGUGUCGAAAAAAGCGCGAACAUCGAGAACACUUGAGAAUGUUUGCGAAAAUAAUUCGGGGAAAUAUGAGCCGCUCAAAACCUCUUCUCAACCACAACAACAAAUGGUGCCGAUUGCACCAAAACGAAAAUUGGUGCAAACACAAAAUCAGCCACAAAUUAUUCAGAGAAACAAUGUUGUUUAUCAAAGAGUUGCGCCAGCUGCGGCACCAAUCAGAAAAAUGGUACAAUAUGUGGCGAAUUUUGAUCAGGGAUAUCAGAAUCAGAUGCAGAGACCGAUUAAAUAUGAAAUUGUGAGUUUUUUGAGGGGGGAAAAUUGAGGAACACUUGAAAAUUUGUUUUAAAAAUUGAAUUUCAAAAUUUCACAAACUGUCAUGUUAAUUUUUAGAAACAGUGAGACUUUUCUUUAAAAAAAAUAGAAUUUUCAAUUACAUUUUUGGCGCCAAUAUUCCGAAAUUUCUCUAGAAAAAAUCACUGUUUCAAAAAUUUGAUGAAAUAAAAUCGAAUUUUUUCAUUUUGAUAUUUUCAAAUUAGGAUAAUCAUCCCAAAUUUUCAAAUGUAUAAGUUUUUGUAUUAAUUUAUUGAAAUAGCAACUUUUUAAAAAGUUUUUUUCCGAAAAAAUUGAUUUUUCAAAUAUCAAAUACAAUCUUGGUGCCACCGAAAAUUUUCGAAAAAAAAUUCACUGUUUCAAAAAAUUAGUUAAUUUAAUUUUCAAUUUUCCUCGGCAAUUCUUGCUUGAAAUUCGAUUCUAUCAAAUUUUUAUUCAAUUUGAAUAUUGUUUUUGGACUAAUUAACUCUAAUUAUUAUUUAUUUUUGCAGCUCUCAAAUAAUUCGGAUUAUCUUGAUCAAACUCAACAACAAACAGCUCAAUGGGUUCAUAAUCAAUCGAAUCCCAACAUGAAUUUGCAAAAAUUUGCCCAAAAUCCAAAUAUGAGCAAUAAUAUCGCUCCACGUCAUCAAAUUCGCCAAAUUCAAACUUCGAAUUCAGCUUCUUCAGCUGCCACGUCACAACCACAAAUUAAACGAUUAAAAACACAAAUGUAUUGA